CAAUUUUGAAGGUCGUGCACCCGUAGGGUCUACCUCUUCGGUGUUGGCAGCGCCAAAAUAUCUCUCUCCCCAUUCUUUCUCAGUUUCUGGGUUGAGCAGCUCGGUUGGGAGCAGUUAAUUGUAAAUUGGUGAUUAGCAUUGGCAUCCGUGGGUCGCACAGCAUUGCAAUCGUGUUUGCCAGAUUUCUGCCAGAUCCUGCGCCGUUGCUUUCAAAAAGGCAGCACCGCAUCCUCCAAGCUGUGAGAAUUGUCCAGAGGCGAUGGCAGCGUCCAGCACGUUGGCCACUGGCGCGGCAGCCUCCGCUUGCCUGCUCAAGGAGGCCGGGCGCCCCAACAGCCCUGUGCUGUCGUCCUCGUCCUUCCUGCCUGCUUUCCCCCAGGAGUGCGCUCGCCCUCACCGGCGGACCAGCCGGCGGGACGCCUGUCCCCCCGUGCAGGCCAUCGCUGCCCCGCCGACCAAGGAGGCGGGCAGGGCCCCCAUUACCACUGGCUCGGUCAAGUCUGCCAUGACUCUGACCCAGAAAAUCCUGGCGCGCGCCUCGGAGCGGCCGUAUGUGGCCCCCGGGGAGAAUGUGUGGGUCAACACGGAUGUGCUGAUGACACACGACGUGUGCGGACCAGGGACAAUUGGCAUCUUCAAAAGGGAGUUUGGGGAGAAGGCCAAGGUGUGGGACAAGGAGAAGGUGGUGAUCAUCCCGGACCACUACAUCUUCACGGCGGACCCACGCGCCAACCGCAACGUGGACAUCCUGCGCGACUUCGUGCAGGAGCAGGACAUCAAGUACUUCUAUGACAUCACCGACCGCUCCAACUUCAAGGCCAACCCGGACUACAAGGGCGUGUGCCACGUGGCGCUCGCGCAGGAGGGCCACUGCCGGCCGGGGGAAGUUCUGUUCGGGACGGACUCGCACACGUGCAACGCGGGCGCGUUUGGGCAGUUUGCCAGCGGGAUCGGCAACACCGACGCGGGCUUCAUCCUGGGCACGGGCAAGCUGCUGAUCAAGACGCCGCCCACGAUGCGCUUUGUGCUGGACGGCACCAUGCCGCCCUACCUCCUCGCCAAGGACCUCAUCCUGCAGAUCAUUGGAGAGAUCAGCGUGUCAGGUGCCACCUACCGCACCAUGGAGUUCACUGGCACCGCUGUAGAGGCCAUGACGAUGGAGGACCGCAUGACGCUGUGCAACAUGGUGGUGGAGGCCGGCGGCAAGAACGGCGUCGUGGCCGCAGACGCCACCACGUUUGCGUACCUGGAGGGCAAGACGCGCGCGCCGUACGAGGCCGUCUACAGCGACGGGGAUGCGCCCUUCAUUGAGGAAUACCGCUUCGACGUCGCCAAGCUCGAGCCCGUGGUCGCCAAGCCGCACUCGCCAGACAACCGCGACCUGGCGCGCAACUGCCGCGACAAGAAGAUCGACCGCGUGUACAUUGGGUCGUGCACGGGGGGCAAGACGGAGGACUUCCUUGCGGCCGCGCAUCUGCUGCACAGCGCAGGGGAGCAGGUCAAGGUGCCCACGUUUUUGGUGCCCGCCACGCAAAAGGUGUGGGCCGACGUGUAUACCCUGCCCGUGCCAGGGGCGGGCGGGAAGACGGCGGCGCAGAUCUUUGAAGCUGCCGGCUGCACUACGCCCGCCGCCCCCUCGUGCGCAGCCUGCCUGGGGGGGCCGCGGGACACGUUUGCACGCAUGAACGAACCGCAGGUGUGCGUCUCAACGACCAACCGGAAUUUCCCGGGGCGGAUGGGGCACAAGGAAGCGGAGAUAUAUCUCGCCUCGCCUUAUACGGCUGCAGCAUCAGCUUUAGCAGGCUUUGUGGCUGAUCCUCGAGACUAUCUCAAUUAGUGCAGCAAAGCUUCAAGAAUGUUAUUGCUCGCUUUGGUACUAGUGUGUUGGCAUCAGCAUGAUGAGCGAUCGCUUGAUGAAACAUUCUCACGGCCCACUCUUGAGAAUGACCCGCAUGUUCAAGAUUAAUGUUUAUUAAGUUGAAAUCCGCGAUUGGAUGUGCAUGUAAUUUUCAAUUGAGGCUUGGGCUAAAGAGGCAUUCUGUUGCAACCACCAAAAGAGAGCAUCCUCUCUUUAUGCACGUUGCCGAAGGUACACAUCAGAUUUUUGGCUAAGGCAGAAAGCCUUUUCAAGAAAGCUUGC